AUGUCAGGCUCUUAUCCAGACUACAGUGGCUUUCCGGCCGGUAUUGGUGGCCCUGUAUAUGACACAAACUCUGGGCCACAGUUCGGCAACUUUCACAUGACAUCUCAGCCAAUGAACGGGCCAUUCAAUGGCCACGGAGGAGGACUCGGCGGCGGCGGUGGACCGCCAGGCAAUGGUGUGGACGUUAAUCGAGCGCAUCGGAGCCCUGAAAACGGUGUCAAUAAUAACAGUAAUAGUAAUAACGGGGCGAACGCUAACCCGACAGACAAUACUCACGUGAAUAGGCAUCAGAUAAUGAAUAAUAGACUGAAAUCAUUGAUUCAGAGCAGACAGAGUCAGAAGGAGAUUAAUAGCGGCGGACAUCAGAAUAAUAAUCACAAUUCAUUCGGUUCCGGUCCGGCGCCCCCUCCGCCGCAUCCACCGCCACUGUCCGCACCCCCGCCCCCAUUGCCAUCAUUUCCAGGCCAAACAUUUAUUGUAGUCCAACAACAGGCCAAUAACGGCACGACCACCUCAUUAAGCCCUCAUUACACAUCAGGGCCGCCGCCAAACCCGGACACUGGCCAACAGCAGCCGCCCUUCCUUCACAUGAAUUGGUCGCAAUCGGGCGAUCAGGACGACAGUCCGUACCGCAAGACACCCAACGGCCACAUCACCGAUAAGGAGAGGCGGACGCCGUAUAAUUCGUCGCCGUCACCACAAGAGUACCACUCGUUAGACCACCAGACAAACGGUCCGCUCAACGCCAACCACUCGCUCACGCGUCAGAGCCCGCGGCCGAACUCACGGUCAUCGCCGGGCAGAGCGAGUCGAUCGCCGGCCAGUUCUGUCAAAAGUGAAUCAAUGGUGACGAUCACGACCAACGGUAUGCCAUCGGCGCAGCACCAGAACGACCAACCCAUGGAUUCUGAGCCUUUUUUAGUGAAUACGACCACAACUAUGCACCCCUUCCACAGCAACAACCACUUAGAUUUGACAACAUCUAUGAAUACAUCUACAGGUAUUAUCAGUUCAUAUAACAUGAGUCCCACCGCACAGUCACAGUCAUCUGCAUUCUACCCCUCAUCCCUGUACAUGCCUUCCAUAGGCCUUCUCGAUCCGAGCAGUCCUACUGUGAUAAUGAGUGUCUCCGACGGCGGCGGCGGACUCGAGGCCAAGAAGUCAGUGGAAGAACAACAACAUCUGCAACACUUGCAACAACAACAGCAGUCGCCCCAGACAUCAAUCGGUCACAUGAUUUCUGGCAUAGAUUGUGGUCGUAUUAUUGAUCCGAUGGAGUCCGGCAACGGACUGACGCUAAUGGACUUGACAUCAAUGACAUCAUUCAUGAAGAGUGAGUCCAUCGGUGACCCGAUCUCCUCCUCGUCUUCGUCGCCAUUACUUCUGUCCAACGAAUCUCAUCACAUAAUGACAUCGUUCGCCGGCACACCACUCGCCCCACACAUGACCACAACCGCGAGCACAGUAUUGCCGCCAAUGUCUACCUUUUUGUUGCCCAACUUUCGGGACCAGAACUGGUGGAACGACCGCCACAUCGACCGACUCAAGACAAACGCCAAACAAGAGGGCAACGAUUGCGAGUGUUAUGCGCCCGAAGAACGUGAGUAUAACACUACCGGCCGUUCGAGUGCCAGUCCCGCUCACACGUGACUUCUUUGCCCGCAUCCCUUUCCAACUGAUCCCAAGUUGUGAUGACUGCAAAAUACAAACCAAAAGACAAUGCUCUGAAUCUUUGCUCUCUCUUUAUCUCUCCAGUGAUCUGAUACUCCAUAAACCGCACCACUCUUUAUAUACAACUUUUUUAAAUAUAU